AUGAAUGAGUACAAUUUAGAGAUCGACUUAGGUGCUUGUGGAUUUUAUAAUAAUCUUGAAUCCUUUUUAAUUUAUUUCGAUCAAACUAAUGAUAUAAGCAAAUGUUUCGUUUAUUCAGCGAUAUUUGAUACUCCAUCCCUUUUGGAAUACUUCCUUUCACAUGGUGCAAAUAUCAAUGAAAAAGAUGAAAAUGGAGAAACUACUCUUCAUAUUGCAGUGAUUUAUAAUAGAAAAGAAACUGCUGAACUUCUUAUUUCACAUGAUGCGAAUAUCAAUGAAAAAGAUAAAUAUGGAAAAACUACUCUUCAUAUUGCAGCGAUUUAUAAUAGUAAAGAAACUGCAGAAGUUCUUAUUUUAUAUGGUGUAAAUAUCAAUGAAAAAGAUAAAUUUGGACAAACUGCACUUCAUAUCGCAGCUCGGAAUUAUGGAAAAGAAACUGCAGAAGUUCUUAUUUCACAUGGUGCAAAUAUCAAUGAAAAAGAUGAAUAUGGAAAAACCGCACUUCAUGUUGCAGCAGAAAAAAAUAGAAAAGAAACUGCAGAAUUUCUUAUUUCACACGGUGUAAAUAUCAAUGAAAAAACUAAAAAUGGGCAAGCCGCUCUUCAUAUCGCAGCUCGGAAUUAUGGAAAAGAAACUGCAGAAGUUCUUAUUUCACAUGGUGCGAAUAUCAUUGAAAAAGGUGAAUAUGGAAAAACCGCACUUCAUGUUGCAGCAGAAAAAAAUAGAAAAGAAACUGCAGAAUUUCUUAUUUCACACGGUGCGAAUAUCAAUGAAAAAACUAAAAAUGGGCAAGCCGCUCUUCAUGCUGCAGCAGAAAUUAGUUAUAAAGAAACUGCAGAAGUUCUUAUUUCACAUGGUGCAAAUAUCAAUGAAAAAGAUGAAUAUGGAAAAACCGCACUUCAUGUUGCAGCAGAAAAAAAUAGAAAAGAAACUACAGAAUUUCUUAUUUUAUAUGGUGUAAAUAUCAAUGAAAAAGAUAAAUUUGGACAAACUGCACUUCAUAUCGCAGCUCGGAAUUAUGGAAAAGAAACUGCAGAAGUUCUUAUUUCACAUGGUGCAAAUAUCAAUGAAAAAGAUGAAUAUGGAAAAACCGCACUUCAUGUUGCAGCAGAAAAAAAUAGAAAAGAAACUGCAGAAUUUCUUAUUUCACACGGUGUAAAUAUCAAUGAAAAAACUAAAAAUGGGCAAGCCGCUCUUCAUAUCGCAGCUCGGAAUUAUGGAAAAGAAACUGCAGAAGUUCUUAUUUCACAUGGUGCAAAUAUCAAUGAAAAAGAUGAAUAUGGAAAAACCGCACUUCAUGUUGCAGCAGAAAAAAAUAGAAAAGAAACUGCAGAAUUUCUUAUUUCACACGGUGUAAAUAUCAAUGAAAAAACUAAAAAUGGACAAACCGCUCUUCAUUUUGCAAUGCUUAAUAAUAGUAAAGAAACAGCAGCAGUUCUUAUUUCACAUGGUGCGAAAAAAUAA